GGUGUCCCGGAGUAAUUCCCACAGAGCGAGUAAGGUGUUGUUCAUCGGAGGACUGAAGAUGCUUCUCUCCACCGGCAGUUCGAUCUGGAACCACCGACAGAUCGUCCUCUGGGACCCCGACGACUUAUCUGAGCCGCUGUACGAAGAAGUUCUGGACGGAUCUGCAGGAGUCCUCUUCCCGUUCUACGAUCCAGACACACACAUGCUCUACCUGGCUGGAAAGGGUGACGGGAACAUCCGGUACUACGAGCUGAGCACGGAGAAACCUUACAUCAGCUUCCUGACAGAGUACCGGUCUCUGCUGCCACAGAAAGGACUCGGCGUGAUGCCAAAGCGCGGACUGGACGUUAGCGCCUGCGAAGUUUUCAGAUUUUACCGUCUGAUCUCCAUCAAAGACUUGGUGGAGCCACUUUCCAUGAUCGUACCGCGGAAAGAGUCUGGUAUUUUCCAAGCGGAUCUGUACCCGAUGACGGCAGGAAACCAGGCGGCCAUGACGGCUCAGGAGUGGCUGUCGGGGAUCAACAGAAGUCCAGUGCUGAUGUCCCUGAAACCUGGGAUAGGAGUUUCCAACCCUUACCCAGAAACCCCUGCAGAGAAGAUGGAUCCACAGAGACCUGAGAAUAAUGACUUUAUGGAAGAGGCCUUCCUGGAGGAGCAGCUCUCAUAUCAGGACGCCAAAUAUCCCCGAAAAGCGAGCGAUCUGUCGGGUUGGCAGCCGGACGAGACGCUGUUGACGAACUUCUUCACGCCGCACUGCUGCGAGCCUGCAGAGAAACCGCCGCCAAACACCGAGAACGAGCUCCUGCAAGCUUUCUACAGACAGCAGGACGAGAUCAGAGGCCUGAAGGACAAACUGAACGAGAAAGAUGUGAGGAUCUCUCAGCUGGAGCUGGACAUCAGAAACACCAGAAACAACCUGAGGGCAACUUUCUGAACCAACAAACAAACAAAUCAACAUUUACAACAAAUAAACUGAAACAGACAUUUUAACCUGGUUAUUAUUUUCCAGCCCUUCUAAGAUAAUAUAUUCUGGCAGUAGCAGUUAAAACAAAGUAUUUCACAUAAUUAGAAAUAAAAAGAAAAUAGAA